UCAUGUUAUGAGGAUAUCGAUGGAUUUUGGUAGUUGGCAACUAGCAUAUAUAGGAGGGUACGUAUAUAGGUUGCUCGAGUAUGUCAUAGACCCUGUGGACUGCGGAAGAAGGUAGAGAGAAGAAAGGAGAGGGGGUAGUGGAUGAACCACAACCGUUUUUGAUACCUUCCUUGGGGUAAGGAGGAGGAGGCGUGUUUAGGAACCAAUAGCAUAAUUUUAAGGUUAUUUUAUUUAUUUUUGAAAUCUCAUCUUAUAAAUCCAAAUCUAUUAUUGUAGAAUUUAGUUUCCUUCAAUAAACCAUUUGAUUUUUGAAAACUAAGCCAAAAUUGAGGUAUCUUAAUAAGUCUAUGGCGAUAUAAUUGGUCCUUCAUCUAUUCACGUAGCAUGUCCAUUACCACACAAUUCACCUUUACCUUUGAAACAAGCUAUAAUAUACUCUGAAGUCACUCUCAAAUGACUCUAAAUUUUCCUACCCUAUUUUUUCAUCAGUAUAAGGGCUCUCUCUACACCUCUUUACGAACCCUAAUUAAUAAAGCUUUUAAUUCUCUUGUUGACUUUUAGCCGUCAUAUCAAUGCAAGCAAAUAAAUACUCAUUAGUAAUAUGAUGCCUAGUUCUCAAUGUUAAACAAACAAUUCUUCUUUACUCAUUCUCCCUUCUCCCCUCGUAUGCAAUUGUCGAAUCCUUCACUUUGCUGCUAAUUUGUGUUCUCUCUCUUAUCUGAUAUGGGUUUGUCGUACUCCUGAACGCCAUCUGGUUCGAAGAAAAGGGAACUUACAGAUCAUUUUUUGUAUCAUUUUAUUCUAUAAGCUCUGUUUUGAAGAAAUGACAGGGAGAGUAAAUAAUAUGAUCUCAAAAUUGAAGCAAGAGGGCGUUCAUGUUGAAGCAAAACAAAUGGAGGGCAAAAGGAAGAAGGGGCCUUCAAGGCAAGGGCCAUUUCUUAGAGGCAAUCCAAGAAUUUUUAGAGUUUCUCCUUUGUUUGGAGGAAAAGACAGGCACAGCAAAGUUUGCACAAUGAAGGGCUUAAGAGACAGAAGGAUUAGGCUUUCAGCUCCCACUGCUAUUCAACUUUAUGAUUUGCAAAACAGACUUGGCCUCAGCCAACCCAGCAAAGUCAUAGACUGGCUGAUGGAUGUCACAAGAUUUGAUAUUGAUAAGCUCCCACCACUCCAUUUUCCGAAAGAUUUUGACCCAAAUGCCUCGUUUCUUCAUCAUUUUGAUAUUGCAGAUGCUGCAGCGAAGGCCAAACAUGAAGAAACUGGGAUGCUUUUGCUUCAGAAGUCGUCUCCUUCACCCAACCAUGCUUCUUUUUCUGCUCUUCAGCUUCAAACCAACGCCAUGACUGAAAACUGUUGCCAUUUUGACCCUCCAAGCUUUCCAUUCCCAUUAAUGGAUCAGGCCAAUCCAGCUUCAUUUUCCUCACCUUCUGAGCAGUUGCUGUUCCGUCCAUUGACGAUGCCACCCGAAGUUUCUUCUUACCUUCCUAACGGUGGAAAUUAAUGGUGUGUUUGAGAUGGCUUUUCAAAAAUACUAUUCAAAUUUUCAUGGAAUUUGACAAGUACUUUAAUUCAAAAAUAUUUUUUAUUCGUAAGACGAACAAUGUUUCAUUUAAUGA